AUGACGGCAAGCUCGAACCCUUCAAAAGCUGGUUUUGAUGUGAUCUAUUCAGAUUCGCCAGAAUCGAUGAUUCAGAUGCGCUACUUCUUUAAGGUACUCGCAAACGCUCGUCAAUUACUGUUGAUGACAAAAGGUGGUAAUGGAGUGAUUUUGUCGAGUGGAGCUGAUGAAAUCAUUGACUUGCGGGCACCGUACGACGCGAUUAAUAUGUGCAUUUUGUUUGGGGCAAGACGUGAGGAGUCGAGGAAAUUCAUUGCUGGUAAUGCAAGAAAGGUAUUACUGAGAGCCGAAUCUCGUAAAACGGUGAAGGGUGCUGUGUUGAUUAGCAGUGUCAACGAGAUAACCAGCAAACUGAACGAUCACCAAAAAGAACUGAAGAAAUUGUUAUCGAUACCUGAAUUUAAUGCCCAGUUCGAGAUUGCCAACGAAGAAGACACUGAAUCGGCUAAUGAAGACGCCACUAAUAAUGUUGAUUCACAUCCGUCUGAAAGUGCACAAAAAUCAUCUGAGAUUCCUGAAUCACAGUCAUCUCUUGAUUGUAGCUGA